CCAAGCCACGUGGUUCUCGGGCAAGCCGUAGACGCUACCGCGGCACGUAGCUUAGCGUCAGUUACGAGAGCAUGUGAGGGAAAUUGAUCGGGUGGGAGCUCUGCUUCUUCUUCUUCCUCCUGUUCUUGCAUUUGCAUUUUAGAGAGAGAAAAAAAGUUCCUCCUGUUCUUGCAUUUUAGAGAGAAAGAAAAAAGGGAGGAGGAGAAGAUGCCUACAGUCGACGUGUUCAUCGAUAUGGGUCAUCCGCUCCUCAACCGGACGGUCGAUGGAUUCCUCAAGAUUGGAGCGGUGGGCGCGGCUCGAGUCGCUGCAGAGGAGUCUUACCAUUGCAUACGUAAAGGAAGUGUUUCAAGCGAUAAUUUUGAGCAUGCGUUGAAGAAGAUGUGCAGAGAAGGUGCAACAUGGGGCACUGUUGCUGGAGUUUACGUGGGAAUGGAAUAUGGAAUAGAACGGGUUCGUGGUAGAAAAGACUGGAAAAAUGCAAUGAUUGGGGGAGCACUUACUGGGGCUUUGCUUUCGGCUGCAAAGAACAACAACAGAGACAAGAUCGUGGCUGAUGCCCUCACGGGAGGCGCCAUUGCUACUGCUUCUGUGUUUGUUAAUCGCCUUAUUUGAGAGUUGAAAAGUCUUCACAAUGGACGUGUAGAAGGUCUUGCCUUCUCAUGGUUCCCGUUUCUGCUUCUGGUUACCGUGUAUGCAAACAGGUGCCUUGAACACAGAAACAGUUGAAAUUCUGUCCUGGUUAUUGGUAUGAAAUAAGGAAUGACCUUACUAGUUA